AGAUAUUCACAGCAAGUAACCUGUGCACUAAGAUUCAAUCACAAUCACCAUGAAAUUGACAUUGUCAUUUGUUGUCGCCUGUGGAUUGAUGAGUUGCGCUCUGCUGGUUGAAGCCAAAUCCAGCAACAGCUUCCGCGAACUGAUAUCGAACAAGGCAGGCUCUUGCGCUGGAAGAUGCGGUCAGUCCGGAACCGACUCCACUAAGCCUUGCCAGUGCAAUCUAUCCUGUCAGACGUACGGCGACUGUUGCGACGACUACCUCACUCUCUGCAAUUCUUGCGACGGACGCUGUUCUGCUGCUUAUAAUAACAAGUGGCCAUGCCAAUGCAAUGUUGACUGUCCAUCCUACGGCAACUGUUGCUCCGACUUUCCGGCUUUAUGCCAAGGAGUUACAACAACCGUGAAGACUACAGUUACAGUUCCAGAUUUGACAACCACAACUACCCCCGUUCCAACCACACCAUUUUCCUGCCCUGAUGAUUACACCGCCAAACAUCCAAACCCCGACGACUGCCAUUCUUUUUACGAAUGUGUAGCCGGAGUGGCGUAUCUUGUAAACUGCCCACCUGGCCUUUACUACAAUCCGGAUUUACAAGUCUGCGAUUACCUCGAUAAUGUUCCAUCGUGCCAAUAAAAAAAGUCAUCUAUUAGUCAAACUAAAAUUGUCCUGUCGGACAAAAAUAUGUGAAUCCUCUGAAAUAUUUUAAGUACUUUCAUCAAAUGCUUUAAAUACAUGCACACGAAUUUUUCAUUUCUGGUUUCUUACUCAUAUAUUAAAAGCUUAUUACACCAUUUAAAAAUCAUUUAGCGGCAUUGAGCCAAUAAAUAGACAUACGGUUUUUAUUAGAACAGGAUCGCUUUUCUAAUGUUCGAGAUAGAAACAGUUGUUUGCAUAAAAAUUAAUACGAAAGUUAAAAGAAACUAUUCUUUUCCCUUACUUCUUACAAGAUGUAAAUUUGAAGACAAGCUCAUUUACAAACACCUUGGAUGAUUAAGGCCUAUGGGAAUUGAUUCUUUGUAUAAUAAGAGGCGAUGAUCGAUUACACCAAUCGAUUAGUCUAUAUCGACAAAAUCGGAUCCGUUUCAAAGUCAAGCUUGGCUGCAAGGAAACGUAAUCACACUGCUAUAGUCAAUUGAUCAACCUUUGGACUCUUAAUAUGUAUUUGGAAAUAACCACGCCUCUACGCUAUACCCAUCACCACGCCUCGGCUAUGUAUAAAACUGAGAAGUCUGACAGUCGGUUAAACUUAACGAUAUUCGUCGUAUGCAACUUCCAGUGGCUUGCAAGUGUUUAGCUCUUUUUCUUUUCAAGAAGUAAUACGCGGUCAUCAUGAAAGUUUUAAUUUGUAUUGCCAUUUUUGGAUUGAUGAAUGUUCAAAUUGAGGCCAAGAGAAGUAGCUUCCACGAACUUUUGAUGUCGAGCAAAAUAGCCGAUUCUUGUGUCGGCAGAUGCGGCCAGUCCGAAACCGAUCCCGCUAUGACCUGUCAGUGUAAUCCAUCCUGCCAGACAGCUGGUGACUGUUGCUCGGACUUUGUAUCCACGUGCAACACAUGCGCUACUUGGGGACGCUGCACUGCUGGAAACGAUCCUAGUUGGCCAUGCCAGUGUACCGCUGAAUGUGCAGACAGCAACGAUUGCUGCCCCGAUUACGCGUAUCUAUGCGGUGGAGUUGGUCCAACAGGCACAGGUACAACCAUAAAGACAACCACUCCUAGCGGCGGAGCUGGAUCUUGCGCCGGAAGAUGUGGACAGUCCGGAACGGACUCCACUAAGCCUUGCCAAUGCAAUCUAUCCUGUCAGACGUAUGGAGACUGUUGCAGUGAUUUCAACGAUAUCUGCAAUUCUUGCCAGGGACGCUGCUCUGCUGCAUAUAAUAACAAGUGGCCAUGCCAAUGCAAUGUUGACUGUCCAUCCUAUGGCAAUUGCUGCAACGACUAUUCGGCCCUUUGCCUUGCAGUUACAACAACCGUUAAAACGACAGUUAGCACUACAACUAUCGCAACCACUAUUCCUACUACAACUAUUUCAACAACUGUUCCUACUACAACAAUACUCAAAACAACAACAAUCACGCCCGUCACCACAACAUCCACCACUACCUCUUCUCCAGAAUCAUUUACUUGCCCUAACGAUCUCUUCGGAAAAUAUCCGAAUCCCAAUGACUGCAAAACAUUUUACGAAUGCGCAGCCGGUCAAGCACAUUUAAUGAAUUGCCCACCUGGCCUUUACUACAAUCCGGACUUACAAGUCUGUGACUACCUUGAUAAUGUUCCUUCUUGUCAAUGAAAUUGUUCAUAGGUUAAUUGCUUUGUUACUCUUUUGAAAAGUACAUUGAAAAUCUCUUUUAGCAUAAAUCGUUGGUGAUUGUUUUUACCAACUAAAUAAUAAGUAAAAAUCAUAAAAUUUCCCUUGUUGACUUCA